CGAGGAUUGGAAGGCCGGGCGUAUAAAGCCGCGCAGAGAGCGUGAAACAAAGCAGUCGGAUCGGAAUUGGGCUUGGGAGGCGCGGUGUGGAGUCAGGCAUAAAACUUGUUGGAGGAGAGUAACGAGCCUGCUCCUCUCCUUUUCCUCCCCGUCUGCGCUGCGCUCCAGGGGUUUCUUCCAGCGUCGCCGUUUAUUUUUAUAUCUGCUUUUUAUAUAGAGAGAAAUAUACAUAUAUUUUUUUCUUCUUAAGAGAAAAUUCCUGUUCCAAGAGGAAAUAAGGCAACAUCAAUGAAGGAGAGAAGAGCCAGCCAGAAAUUAUCUAGUAAAUCUAUCAUGGAUCCUAAUCAGAACGUGAAAUGCAAGAUAGUAGUGGUGGGAGACAGUCAAUGUGGGAAAACCGCGCUGCUGCAUGUCUUCGCCAAGGACUGCUUCCCCGAGAAUUACGUCCCUACAGUGUUUGAGAAUUACACGGCCAGUUUUGAAAUCGACACACAAAGAAUAGAGUUGAGCUUGUGGGACACUUCGGGUUCUCCUUACUAUGACAACGUCCGCCCUCUUUCUUACCCAGAUUCAGACGCUGUGCUGAUUUGCUUUGACAUCAGUAGACCAGAGACUCUGGACAGUGUCCUAAAAAAGUGGAAAGGUGAAAUCCAGGAGUUCUGUCCCAACACCAAAAUGCUCUUGGUUGGCUGCAAGUCUGAUCUUCGGACAGAUGUUAGUACAUUAGUAGAGCUCUCAAAUCACAGGCAGACACCGGUGUCAUACGAUCAGGGUGCAAAUAUGGCCAAACAGAUUGGAGCAGCUACAUAUAUUGAAUGCUCAGCUUUACAGUCAGAAAAUAGCGUCAGAGACAUUUUUCACGUUGCCACCUUGGCAUGUGUAAAUAAGACAAAUAAAAACGUUAAGCGGAACAAAUCACAAAGGGCCACAAAGCGGAUUUCACACAUGCCUAGCAGACCAGAACUCUCAGCAGUUGCUACAGACUUACGAAAGGACAAAGCAAAAAGCUGCACCGUGAUGUGAAUCUUUAGUUAUCUUUAAUGAGGACAAGGGAAUCUAGUGUAAAAAGCAACAGCAAAACAAAAAGGUGAAGUCUGAAUGAAGUGCACAGCCAAAGCCACGGAUACUGGAGGCUUAGGAGGCAUUUGAAAGAAUACUCAUCUUUUUGGAAUCCUGUCCUUAGGUUCGGCAUGUAGACCGAGUGGUGGAAAGUGAAUAUUUCGAAGAGUUUUGAAGCGACUUGAAAACUAUGCCAAAAAAGAGAGAUACAAAUGGGCUCGAGGUAGAUGAGGAAGAAUGCGAGUACCUCCAAGAAGAAAAAUCGCACUCUGAAUGGUGCUUGCGUUUUUGUUUGUGUUGUUUUUAUUGCAAUCUAUUCAUGGAUCUCUACUUUGAUUUGAUUUUGAAGUUUUAAUCUCCUUUACAGAAAGUAUAUAUUAAUAUACCAUCCUCAAUAGGGAACUGGCACUGUGACCUUAGCAUUUAGUUUUCUAGAGGAUGUGAUCUAAUUUCCUCCUAGCUCAUCAUUAAAAUGGAAAUUAUAUCAGGACCCAUGGGAUAUCCAGAGGAAAACUUUAUAAGGCUUUGAAAUCUUGCCUUCCUGAAGAUAGCUGAGUGAGAUGGUUCUAAAUAAAGGCUUUUGCAGUCUUACAAGAUAUGUAGACCAGCACUAUAAAGAUUGCAUAGAUCAAAUAGAAAAAGUGUUGAUUUUUAUUCAGUCUGAUGGUUCUGUUCAUCAUUGUGAUUGUCAUUAAAAAGUGGUAAAUUGCUCAAUGUAAUAUUUUUGUGCGCUGUCUAGAAAAAAAGGUGUGUGAUUUUAUUUUUUUUUUUGCCAUUGUUGAUUAUAAAUGCAAAGUCAAUUAAAAGGUGUCUUGAUUUGAAGUCAUAGAAUGAUUCAAGAGGGAAAAAAUGUGAUGUAGGUACUAUUUUCACCACAAGAGGUAAUGAAUGGAGGAAGAGUAGCAGAAAGCACAGUUUGUGAGUAAAGCCGCCUGGAAUUAAGUUACCAAAUAUACAAAGUAAAAGGACUAUUAUCUGGGGACAAGGCUCCAAAAUUGGCAGCAUCUGCUGAUUUGCUAGCUUAUGUCAUUUUC